AUGUCGACCCACAAUGUCAAUUUCGACUACGCCAAAUGCGUCACAUCACACGCGCCGCUUAUGAAGGACUCGGUUAUGGUCCUGCGCGAAUGGGGCAUCUCGAGGGUCGAGCAAUGGCGUGACGAGCUGUUCAACCUCAUGGAGGCCAGCUGGGCCAAAGUCGGCGACGACGUCCCUUCGACGUCCGCUAAACCGCCCAACGAAUCGCCCUAUCGCAGGUGGUAUCGACGCGUCGCCACGGGUACUACGGCCGUCCGACAGAAAGUGGGUGACGGCAGGAUCCCGAAUGGGCGUCUCAUCGCGUGGAAUCCUAAACGGCCCUGGAUUCCUAAAAAUUUGUAUUUUCGCUCCGUGGACACGUGUAGGCUUUUGCCUAUGUUCUGUGCGGAUUUCCGGCUCGAGGUCUAUGGCCUGCAGAGUCACUGGGAUUGGCUUGAGAAGAAGCGAGAAGAUGGCUCGGGCAUCGAAUACUGGGCUACAUUCGCGUUCAUGUCGACGAUGCACCAUAUCCUCUUUCUUCGCAAUUUCAGAGACUUUGGGGGCGGAGACAUCCCUGUCUUACUCGUCGACUGGUCGACGGAGGAAAUGGAUGCGGCCUGCGACUUCUGGGUUGGCCUGAGCAGAGGAAAAUGGAGCAAGGAGGAAAUCACUGAACGAUUCCAAGCUAUCGAUCAAGGGCCGUCCCAAAACCCGCAUAGGCGUACACCAUGUUUCUACCAAGUUGACCAGAAUUUCCGCGCUCUCCUCGGUGACCCCGAGGUUGGCUACGUACCGCCUUUCGUCAUCCUCUACCCUCUCAACUCACAUGCCAUUCCCCGUGCCGUCUUCACCCACCCUGACAACGUUCCUCCUCCUUCACUCACACACGACUUCCCAAAAGGUUGCAAUUCGCCCGGUUGCCAUCGCCCGAAGGAUUGCUGCGUCUUUGACCUCGAAAAGUCCGUAUCGCUCGUAGCGGAAUCAUGGUUGGUCAGGAAGCACUGGAGUGAUCCCACCGUGAGGUGUAAUUAUUGGCCGUGUAACAACGAGGAGCCGAGGUUGAAACCGGGGGAGAAGGUCAAGGACUCGAUGUUUUUGAAGUGUAGCAAAUGUAAAGACGUGGUUUAUUGCUCCAAGACAUGUCAGCAAGCGGAUUGGAACCACCAUAAGGUCAUUUGCCAGACUCCUCCCUAA